GUGGGAAACAAACCUCAAGAUGGCUCUAAAUGACUGUUUCAUUCUGAACUUGGGAGUGGACCACUGCACACACUACAACGUCUCCAAUCACAGUGUGGAUCUCCCCAUGAAUGAAGACUGGUUCUACCCUGCGAUCCUUUAUGUCAUCCCUGCAAUUUAUGGGGUGAUCACUCUCAUAGGCCUCGUUGGCAACAUUACUCUGAUCAAGAUCUUCUGCACGGUCAAGUCCAUGCGAAAUGUGCCCAACUUGUUCAUCUCCAGUCUGGCUUUGGGAGACCUGCUCCUCCUGGUAACCUGUGCUCCCGUGGAUGCUAGCAGGUACCUGGCCGACAGAUGGCUAUUCGGCAGGACUGGCUGCAAGCUGAUCCCCUUCAUCCAGCUUACCUCAGUGGGGGUGUCUGUCUUCACACUCACGGCGCUGUCAGCCGACAGGUACAAAGCCAUUGUCAGGCCCAUGGAGAUCCAGGCAUCUCAUGCCCUGAUGAAGAUCUGCCUCAAAGCUGCCUUCAUAUGGGUAGUGUCCAUGCUGCUGGCCAUCCCAGAGGCUGUGUUUUCUGACCUUCAUCCGUUCCAUGAGGAAAGCACCAACCAGACCUUCAUUAGCUGUGCUCCGUACCCACACUCUAAUCAACUGCACCCCAAAAUCCACUCCAUGGCUUCUUUCCUGGUCUUCUACAUCAUCCCACUUUCGAUCAUCUCCGUGUACUACUACUUCAUUGCCAAAAAUUUGAUCCAGAGUGCUUACAAUCUUCCCGUGGAAGGGAAUAUCCAUGUCAAGAAGCAGAUGGAAUCUCGGAAGCGACUUGCCAAGACAGUUCUGGUGUUUGUAGGCCUCUUUGCCUUCUGCUGGCUCCCCAACCAUGUCAUCUACCUGUAUCGCUCCUACCAUUACUCCAAGGUGGACACCUCCAUGCUGCACUAUGUCACCAGUAUCUGUGCCCGGCUCCUGGCCUUUACCAAUUCUUGUGUGAACCCCUUUGCUCUCUACCUACUAAGCAAGAGUUUCAGGAAGCAAUUCAAUACCCAAAUCCUCUGCUGCCGGCCUGGCCUGAUGACCCGAGCCCACAGCACUGGCAGAAGCGCCACCUGCAUGACUUCCUUCAAGAGUACCAACCCCUCGGUGGCUACCUUCAGCCUCAUCAAUGGCAACAUCUGCCAUGAAAGGUAUGUUUACUCCUGAUUUUGC